GACAGAUACCUACGCCAAAAAGUACCUUGGAGAGCGCGCCUAUAUUGCUGCGAUAGGUGUGGUAGAUGAAAGUGAUUGUGAAGGUUGGCGGCUCUUUGGUGAUAUGACGUGGUGCAAAAGAGCUUUUACCAAUCGUGUGGGCAACGAGCAACCAGAUGGUCAAGUCAUUGGUUUGUCCUAUGGAAUCGAAGAACGAGACCUUUGGAGCGAACUUGUGAGUACUGACUAUGGAGUACCAACGCGGCUCUUUGAUUGCUAUCAGAACCCGAGGGAUUCGCCUCCAUUGAGUGGUAAGGCUGUGAACGGCAGCAGUUGCGAAGGAGUUCCUGGACAUUGCUACCGAACUCCUUACCAAGCCUUUCGGAUUUGCUUGGGCGGCGCAUCUAAUCAACGCACUACACGACAGAAUCGAGAGUUUGAAUCCUUACAGAUGCAUCUGAAGUCUCGUCAUCGUCUCUCUGUGCAUUUGAAGAUUGACACCGAAGGUGCAGAGUGGGAGGAGUUGGAGUGGUUGGUCUCCUCACCCGCGGACAUGGACAAGAUCCGCACCUUCGACAUGGAGGUCCACAUUGGCUGGUUGUCAGCUUCUGCCUCUGAAGAGCGGAAAAGCUUGUCCGCGAAAGAACGGAUCGCACGAGACAUUGGAACAUUGGAAGCUCUGGGAAAAUACUUUCGCUGCACCGGAUCGUCCAUGGAAGUCCUGGCGGAAGAAUGGUCCAAACGAGAGGAUGGAGGGCGCUGUCGUCCAAAGAGUUGUCCAGAGCCCGACGCCCAUACCGCUACGGGCUUCUCAGUGAUCCAGUUCGCCAUCAGCUGGGUUCAUCCCCAGCUACUGAAAACUGGUGCAAAACCACUUCCUCCGAAGCCGGAACUACCAACGGCUGGGGCUGUUGACGAGUCCCAAAUCUCUUGGUCAUGCACGAGGGCGCAUGGUAAUCGGGGCUCAAGGCCUGGAGUGCCUUGUUUGCCGACCAUCAAGCCUCUGCCCUACCAGACGCAGACGAAGCAACGGACGGAGCUAGGGGACAGAGCAGUCAAGGCUGCCUCUGGCGUCCUUUUUGAUCAAGAAUGCAUCUUUCACAUGGCUGGAGACUCAACUUGGUGCCUGGAAGCCUUUCCCAACGAAACAUCGAGUUCCGCAAAAUUCAUUGGUCUCUCCUACGGCGUUGGUGCGAAAGAUUUGUGGAGUGAAAGGAUAAGUCAGGCAAAGGUCCGCACUCGGCUAUAUGACUGCGAAGCCAAGAUGGCCUUCACUUCGGUGGCUUCCAAUGGAACGAAGCUCUGCAACAAACUUGGGCCCAGCAGUGCCCCAUGCUAUGCUACGCCUUUCGAGGCAUAUCAUGUCUGCGUCGGGACCCAGCAUGGAGCCAAAGGGCCCUUCGAAAAUAUCGCGGACCAUUUGUCACAACGAGAGCGCCUUUCAGUUCAUAUGAAGAUCGACAUGGGCGAUAAAUCUAUGGAGAUCCUCGAGUGGAUUUUGCAAUCUGGAGAGGUUGAGAAACUUCGCACCUUGGAUAUCACCCUGCAGUUGGGAGCAUCUGGGAGCAGCAUCCCGCUGUCUGAGCGCAUUGAGCAGGACAUUUCAACGCUUGAGAAAUUUCGAGAAGUGAUGCAGAUCUCAGGAUCCACCUUGGAGUCCAUGGCAGAGCAAUGGGCUGAGACGGCUGGGAGGAAAUGUGCCGAGCGCUGUGAAGAACCUGAAGCAUAUGCUCCUGGGGGCUUUCCCUUGGUCCUGCCCUUCACCAUUAGCUCCUUGGCUUCUCCUUGGCCAAGUCCUCCUUGCGAGCCAACAAGGGACACUGCCAGAAGCGCCAUCCACCUGAAGGGAAUCAGAGAAGAAGAGGCCUACAGCGGGAGUGGCGACGAACUCCUCCUUGGACUCAACGCAGUUCAACAGCGACGCAAGCGUUGCAACGGUGAAAGCUUGGCCCAGAAGACCUGCGGUCCAACAUGGAUGGAAAAAGGAUCUGCAGCUGUCUUCAAUGGAGACAUCAUUGCAAGCUAUGAUUUGAAGCUUGCGGGCCAUUUGGAACGCCUUAACAAGCGAGGUGGAUUCAAUGAUCACGCAAGGAGAAGAAGAGGUGCAGCGAAGAGCCAAAGAGUUGGAGGUGGCAUGUGGAAGCAUGACAUGCCAGGGCCGCAAGAGUUGAUAUUCCUUGAAGUCAAUGGCAUUUUCCAAAUCUUGUCACUGUACCGGCUGUACCGGGAACUCUUCAGCUACGGGGCACGUGGCAAGUUCGGCCCUAGGCAUGAAGCCAGCAAGAUUCCCGAAAUCGAAAGCAAGCCGCCAUUGCAUCUUUCAGUUUGUUUGAUACCAUCUCCGCUUCAACCUUUGGCAAUCAGUUUGUGGGUCGUGUGGCAAAUCCUGACGAGGUACUACUCUUCCACCGGAAAGGAGGUGGUGGAGCUGUCGGCAGCCGCAAGGUACAAGGCCUUGGAGAUGUCCUUGAAAUUGAAGAAAACCUGGUAUCAGGUGAUGAUGGUGUCAAAAUCCAGGGGCUCAAGACACGGACAGAGCGGUGCCAAGGUCCAAUCCUUCGUACAUCGCGCGGAGCCGUGUGCCAUUGAACGCUUUGUGAAGGAGGUGGUUGAGGCCACCAAUCAGGCAGUCCUGAAGGAAAGCCGAGCUGUGGGGGAAGAAGAAAUCCGAGUGCAGAUUCAGGAUCGUGCCGAGACCUUGCGGCAACAACGGCUGGCGGCAGCACAGGGCGGUGCUGAACAAGGUUCCCUUUCAGGUCCUCCGACAGAACGGGCAAGUCAGGCUAAGCCGGAGCCUGCCGCUGGCUUGGUCGAUGAACCGAUCGGCUUUGAGGAUGCACCAACUGCGGCUGUACUUGGAGAGCCAGAGGCAGCCCGCGGACGAGGGCGUGGUGGGCGAGGAGGUCGAGGAGGAGCUCGCGCAGGGCGAGGCCGUGGAAAGCGAUCAGCCGACGAUUUCGACGACCGUCCUCCAAAGCAGCCCCGCAACAGCCAAGCACGGCCGCCCGACUCGCAGCGUUCUGUGGCCGCGGCCGGUGCCGCUGCAGCUGCCUCGGUGGCAGCAGCAUCGGCCGCCCCGGCACCGGCCGCGUCGCCUACGCCGUUCUUGCCCCGGCGGGCAGCCAAUGCCCCGGCCGCCGCUCCCGCAGACAGUUUCUUCGGUGAAGAAUCACAGGCCUCACAACGGUCACAGGCACCGAAAAGGCAGUGGGCUCUGAAGAUGAGCUCAUGA